GCCGGUGACAUGGCGGCGUCGUCGUCCAGCCGGCACCAAGAGCUCGUGUCGGUGCGCCGCAGCGUUGUGAAGGUCUUUGUGCGCUCGUCGCAGCCCAACUGGACGUCCCCGUGGCAGCAGCGGCCGCAGCGCUCAGGCACCGGCUCGGGGUUUUGCAUCAACACCAGCCGACGCCAGGUGUUGACCAAUGCACAUGUGGUGGGCGAUGCGGUGAUGGUGCGUGUGCGCCGCUAUGGGCAUGCCGCCCGCUAUCCCGCCAAGGUGCUGUGCAUCUCUCACCAAGUGGAUCUGGCACUGUUGGAAGUGCCUGCUGACGCAUUCUGGGAGGCCCCGCCUGCUCUGAGCUCCAUCGAGCUCAGUGAAGAGGUACCGAACCUGGACUCCGACGUGCUGACGGUGGGCUAUCCCAUGGGGGGCGAAAAUAUCUGCGUCACCCGCGGGGUGGUCUCGCGGAUUGAUUUGAUGGACUACACUUUCUCCCCUGCAGGCGGUGAACGUCAACUGGUGAUGCAGGUGGACGCAGCCAUCAAUCCUGGCAAUUCUGGCGGUCCGGUGCUGGAUGCCACUGGCAAGGCGGUGGGCGUUGCCUUUACAAAGAUUCAAAACAGCGCCAACAUCGGCUACGUCAUCCCUGGCAGCGUGGUGCGCUUCUUCCUUCGCGGCGUGGCCACCUGCCGUUCACCGCGCCUCUGUGACCUGGGCGUGCGGCUGCAAAACACGCGCUCAGUGGCGCUGCGGCAGCACCGGGGCUUGGAGCCUGGCAGUGAGACCGGCGCGCUGGUCUCCGAUGUGGCGCCCUUAUCGGCAGCGGCCGCAGCUGGGGUGAAGGCGGGAGACAUUCUUCUGGCGAUCGACGAUGUGCCGUUGGCUGAGGAUGGCUCCAUCCCCUUUCGCGAUGCCGAGCGGAUUGGGUACGACUUCCUUGUCUCCCGACGCGUGGUUGGAGAUUCCUUUCGCGUGACUCUGUGGCGAUCAGACGAGGAGAAAGAAGUUGAGCUGCAACUUUCAGCAAGCCCUGUCCCUCGGCUGGUGCCGCGCAAAGCAGGGGUCGAUGCUGUGCCUUCCUACUUGGUGCUGGGGGGUUUGGUCUUCGUUCCGCUCUCCCUGCCGUGGCUGCUAGCGCGGUAUUCGGAGGUCCGAAAGGUCCCAGCAGACCUGCAGGCGAAGCUGUUUGACCACAAGGAACACCCAGAGGAGGAGGUGGUCGUUCUGUCCAAAGUUCUGGCAGCGGAGGUGAACUAUGGCUACGAGGAUUUCCCUUCCUGUCAACUGCUGACCUUCAACGGUAUGAAGGUUCAGAGCCUGCGACAACUGCGGCAGAUGGCCAUGGCAGGCUCAGAGGAGCGAUUCCUUCGCUUUGUCAUGAGCUUCCACCUGGAGAUCGUCCUGGAUGCAGAGCUCUGUUGGGAGACGCAUGCCAACAUCCUGGAUCAAUAUGGCAUAAAGGAGGACUCUUCGCCGGACCUGCGCGAUGCGGAGCCGCCUGCCAGCCGCCUCUGACCUACUGGAGGAAGCUGCCGUGCUACCUGUGGUGUUGUGUGUCCCCAAUGAUACUUGGACCCUGCCAAGGUAGAAAAGGGUUUAGGGAUGUUUAGGGGGUUUAGGGGGUUUGGGCAGGUCCUAAAUUUUGAAGGGCCAGGCCAGUAUCUAUUCUUUUGUUCCACAUUUGCCGACCUGUGUAAGCGACACUUUUGGAACGAUAUAAUCGGGGCAAGCCCAGGGAAGAUAUGAUAACCUUACUGGAAUCCAACGAAUUAAAGGCGGCAAGGGUCCUACUUGCCAGGUGGAGCCUCGGGCAGUUGCGGAGUGACCUCGGGCGAGACC